AUGCCCCAACAGUCCACAGAGCUGCCCCCAGUCCGGGUCCGGUCCACUCUCCCCUCAGCUCAGACCCUCAGAGCUCAGGAAGCACCAGGAAGCACCAAAGCCACCGCCUCCAGAGACGCGGCUCGUAAACGCAGUGACUCUGACCUGACGACCGCCACCUCAACACCCGCCCUGCCCAGAUCUGUGGGAGCCCGCCCUGUGAAGCCACAUCCAGUCACUCUGACCACUCUGACCACGACGAGCCUAAAACCUGCUCUGACCACGACGAGCCUAAAACCUGCUCUGACCACGACGAGCCUAAAACCAGCUCUAACCACGACGAGCCUAAAACCUGCUCUGACCACGACGAGCCUAAAACCUGCUCUGACCACGACGAGCCUAAAACCUGCUCUGACCACGACGAGUGUAAAACCUGCUCUGACCACGACGAGCCUAAAACCUGCUCUGACCACGACGAGCCUAAAACCUGCUCUGACCACGGCUGUUCUUUCGCCGCCGUCGUCUGUGAUUUCGUCCAAACUCACUCAGUCCAAAACCUCUCGUCGACCGGUCACUUCUGAGACACUGCAGACCUCUGUGAGUGAAGGACCAGACCAGACCAAGAAGCACAGUCCAGGACCAGACCGGACUAAGGCCCGGACCGUGGGGCGGUCUAAGUUCACGUGGGUGCGCCCGGUGACACCCAAAGGUGCUGCUGCGGAGCCUGACCCGGACUCCGGGCCAAUCAGACGCAGCCGUGUGAGCGCGCUCAGUAAGUCCAGGUACCAGUGGGUAUCCAGGGUCCAGAAACCUGAAUCCGUAGAGACCAGUCCAAAAGCGCCCAGACCUGGAACCGCCCUGAAGACCAGUCCCAAAGGCCCUAAAGGGAGCAGCAGGUUCCGGUGGGCGGCGCCACAAAGGUCUGUGGUCAUUGCAGGCUCCUCCCCCAUCACCAUGGAGACGCCGUUUAAGCUCCGCAACCGGACAAAGAUCAUCCACAAAACCAGCUCCUCUGAAGUCAGGACUCCUUCUGGACCUAAACCCAGGACUGGACCCAGGACCCUUGUCUCCAGACACCGACUGCGAAGGGUCAGUCCAGGAUCAGGACCCAAACACAAGGAGCUGGUCUCAGUGUCCCGGCACAAGCUGAGGAGAGUCCGACCUGAGUCCAGAGACAAAGGACCAGAGGGCAGGACCAGUCCACAGUCUACUCCUCGGUCCAGUUUAACCCGGUCCAGAGCCAAGGAGCUGGUCUCAGUCUCCAGACACAAGCUGAGGAGAAUCCGGCCAGAGUCCAGGGACCAAGGACCAGAGAGCAGGACCAGUCCACAGUCCACUUCUCGGUCCAGAACCAAAGAGCUGGUCUCAGUGUCCAGACACAAGCUCAGGAGGAUCAGCCCCGGACUCUGCAGGAGCCAGAGCUGGAGGAGUCCUCACACGAGAAGUCCUCAGACCCGGACUCAGACCCGAUCCCGGAGCAGGACUGUGUCAGACGACGGGGGAGGGGCCAUUUUAUCCUCGCCCGCGGCGGUGGGGAGAGCCCAAACCCACCUGCGCUCUGCAGACGAGGCUUAUCCCUCUUCUGCCUUGCUGCGGUACAACAACACAACUACUUAA